AUGAACCUUAUUGUUGCCUUUGUUGUCAUACAGAUCGAUGUCUUGCUGUUCAGCAAGAAUUCCCUUCCCGGCCGCGGCGCCACCUCUGCUGGCCCCGUCACCUACCCCUGCGGCCCCGACGCCGCCCUUCCCGGCCCCGGCGCCACCUCUGCUGGCCCCGUCACCUACCCCUGCGGCCCCGACGCCGCCCUUCCCGGCCCCGGCGCCGCCUCUGCUGGCCCCGUCGCCUACCCCUACGGCCCCGACGCUGCCCUUCCCGGCCCCGGCGCCUCCUCUGCUGGCCCCGUCGCCUACCCCUGCGGCCCCGGCGCCACCUCUGCUGGCCCCAUCGCCUACCCCUGCGGCCCCGGCGCCGCCUCUGCUGGCCCCGUCGCUGCUCCACUCGGCCCCGCCGCCGUCCCCACGCGGCCCCGCCAUCACCACCGAGCCACCGGCGCCGCCACACUGCUGCCGAGCCGCCCGCCACCCGAGCCGCCCGAGCCGCCGCACCACGCCGAGCCGCCCGAGCCGCCUGAGCUGCCGAGUCGCUGA